AUGGAAAGGCAGGACGUAAUUCGCCACAUAAGAGGCAAAGCUCCUCCUCCGCUGCCGCCGCUCCCUGCGCAACUCGGCAGCGAGGUGACGGCGUCUACCAACUCCAGAGGUGAAGCUGGUGCUGAAGCAAAGCCGUGCUCCUCGCCCGAAGAGGAAGAAGACCUGAUUUCCGUGGCCACGGCCGCACUAGCUGGCCAAACCAGAGUCAUAUUCUUGGAUGUGGAUGGUGUGCUCAACAGCCGAACAUCCCGAGAGGCUGCAAACAGCGACGUGCCGCCCACGGAAAUCAUGGAGCAUCUCAAGUUUCUGAUCGACAACACCCAGUCCAAGAUUAUUCUAUCCUCUACUUGGCGCUUGGUUGACCACAAAAGAACUCAGCUGGAGAAUCUCUUUCUGCAGUAUGGUCUAUCCGUGAAUGGCUCCACCCCCGACCUGGAGAAAUCCGCGAAGGGCGACCGAGUUGAUGAAAUCCUGCUCUGGCUCGAGAUGAGAGCUGCCAAGUCCGAGCAUGUGCAUGCAUGGAUUGCCAUCGAUGACAUGGAUCUGCUAAGGAUGAACCCUCGGCUCAGAUCGCAAAACUUCGUGCACACGUCAGACAUCACCGGUCUCGAUGCCGAAAAGACGGAGGAGGCACUAAACAAACUUCUAGCUCAAGGCUGA